AUGUCGGAGGAAAGAGAAAAACUAAAGGAGGCCUUGUGCUGCUACACCAGAAGUACCCUCAGCCACAUUGACACAGUGAAAGAAUUCUGUGAGAUGUUCUCAACUUGGGAAGAUGCAAGACAGAAAGAGUUGACAAAGUUAAAAAAAGAAAUUGCAAAACAAGAACUGGCCAAUUUGCUAAAGGUAACUUUGGGAGGCCUGGAGGAGCUCGACUGCUUCCUGGAUGCAGUGGAGAAUCUGGCGGUUACCUCACUUCAUGUGUUCAAGGAGAAGAACCAGGUGCUACAUCUGCCAGAAGGGGUCAGCCCUGAACAUGUCCAGGUGGUCAUCACUGCUGCACGGACAGUCUGUCCUCUCCUCCUCGAGUUUAAACGAGAUGCCAGUGUCUUCUUCCUCCCCAGGCUUCAGAAUGUGGAAGUGCUGUCAUAUCAGCUGGACAAAUACAUUCAGACCACCCAGGAAAUAUGUGACAAGCUAGAGAAAAGCUCCAUCAGUGACUUUUCCCUGAAGAUGAACACAGAAACUCUGGUGGACCUCAGUGUGGAUUUGUCUGAAGAUGACAUACAAAGGAUGCUUCAUCAGAUUAAUCAGCUCCAUGAAAUCAGGAUGAACCAGAGCUUCCGGACGGUGUUCUUGUUUCAGGAGGAACCAUGCAGUGGCUUCAUCGGUGAGUUCAGUGAGAAACAGCCCAGGAUGCUGCAGUUUCUAACAGACCUGGAGGAGAUUGCUGUUCAGCUGGACAGGAUGAGAAAGGGGGCGAAGAUCUCCAGUGUGGCCGGCAGCUCAGUCGGGGCAGUUGGAGGUGUGCUUUCCAUCGUUGGUUUGGCAUUAAUUCCUGUAACAGCUGGAGCAUCUAUAGUUCUGACGAUGACCGGGUUAGGGUUGGGAAUUACCAGUGCGACCAACAGUUUUGUCACUACCGCCACAUCGAUCGGAGUGAACCACACACAACAAAAGAAAGCCAAUGAAACCUUCAAGAGCUUCAUGGAGGAUGUGCAGAGUCUCCAGGAUUGUCUGGAGGAGGUGAUAAAUCAACCAGUUACCAGAAUAGAAGCAAGUGAGAUAGAUUUGGUUUUAGCAGGCAAGAUUGUAAAAAAAGUGAAUUCUGUUUGGAAAGGCACUGACUCAGUGGUUGAUGCUGCUUCUGCCUUUAAGCUGUUUAAAAGUAAAGCAAGUCUUGCAACUGCUGGUAAAGUGGCAGUGCAGGAAGGAAAAGCGUUACGUAACGUACCCAGGGUGGCAGCAGAUAUCCCAGAUAUUGGACAGGCAGCAGUCAAAGGGCCUCUUGCUCUCUCCAAGUCAGCCAGGGCCGGUCUCAUCGGGCUCAAUGCGCUCUUCCUCGGCAUGGAUAUCUUCUUCAUCUGUAAAGACAGCAUCAGUCUGGCCAAAGGCAGCGAGACUGAAUUAUCACAGUUCAUCAGAGCCAGAGCUGCACUGUGGAGCUCAGAGAUGGACUCAUGGCAGAAGAUCCAUGACUUCCUGACCAAAGGUCUGGUGACAUCAGAGGAAAACAAAGCUAUCCUGGAGACGCUGUUUUAUCCAGAGAGGGAGAUGAAGAAACACAGAGACACAGAAAUGGAUGAUGAAUUUAAUUUGAUGAAGUGGAUGAAAUACAACAAAUGAAUGAGAAAAAGUCAUGUGUGAUACAGUAGUGCUCAGUGAACAGAGAUUACUGCACAUUUAGAAUAAACUCAACACUCAGAUCACAUACAGUAUCAUUUUAAAGUCACUGUUCAGCAUCAAACAUCAUUAAAAUGCAUAUUAGCUCUAAUUCUCACGACAUAAACCAAUUUAUUGAGUCAGCCCUUUAUUUUUUCUUUAUUGUGAAUUUAGCAACCUUUUGCUCAUAUGAGACAUAAU